AUGUUACCACGUAGAGGAAGUUUUCAAAUUGAAGACUUAGAUGAUGAUUUUGGAUAUAUUAAAAAACAAUCAUUAACUGGUAAUGAAAUAAGAAAUGGCAAUACAAAUAGAGUUUAUGAAUCUACUACAUAUUCGAAUGAUAAUAAUGUACUAGUUUAUGAACCAAUUGAAUGUACUCCAAAUAUGUGCGCAAAUCCAUAUGUAUUGUUAAGAUUUUUUGAAUUAGCAGCACUUUUCGCAAUUCAUUGGUUAACACAAAUUGUUUGUGGUAGAGAUGAUUGUACAAUGAUUCUUAAUGAAUUUGGUUAUAAAGCAGAAGCUCAAGGUCUUGUCUUAGCUAUUGAUAUGCUCCUUGCUGUAAUAAUUGCAAUAAUUAUUGUUUGUUAUUCAUUAAAUAUGCAUAAAGCAUAUCCAGAUAUUAUUUUAAUGAUUGAAAAAAUUCAUGGAAUUUUAGGUUUUGUUCUUUUAAUUAUAUGUGGAAUAAUUGGUUCUAUUUAUGCUGCACAGACUGCCUGGGAUAGAGAAUUAAAUAGAAUUGGACGAGCCACAGCUGGUGUCAGACCACAAUGGAUUGCAGCUGCCUGCCUAGAAUUCGUCUUAGCAUUCGUUUAUUUGGCAGAUUAUAUUGGUCAAAGAAAAGAAGGAUAUCCAUUUUCAUAUUCUAUUAAUACAGCUAAAGAUCGAACAAAACUUGAAGCCAUUAGAAGACAAAAAAUUAUACGUGAACAUAAACUUCGUCAACAAUUUUAUUAA